UCCGCGAUAACAUUUUGAAUAAAUACAUAUGUGAUUUUUUAUAGAACCAUGCGAGAAAAAUUAACGCUAGCAAAAGUAAUCUAUGUUGUAAAAUUAAGUCUGUUCGUUAUUUGUUUUUGGCCACAACCAAAAGAUGCAAUUAAAUUGAAAGUUAUCUGUGUAGCAUUGUAUCAGUACUUCUCGAUACUUUUACAUUUAAGCUUGGCACUAUCAUUAAUGAAUACAGUUAAAAAUCACCUUAAUAAUCAUAUUAUUAUGGCAGAAGCGAUAAUAAUUAUAUGCGCUACUAUGCAUGCGAUAUGCAAUAUUGUAGUAUAUAGAAUUAAUUUGCAUCAUUUACAAUCGAUCAUUUUUGAGAUGGAAAAUUUUUAUAAAUUGAUCAAACCACACGAGGAAGCUAUCUUACAAAAAUAUAUAAGCAAAUGUGUCAUCUUUUACGGUGGCUCUUUAAUCAAUGUAUAUCUAUUCACUAUUAUCUUUAUCUGUGGACCUGUAACACUUAAUCAACCAUUCCCGACAAUGGCAGAAUAUCCAUUUGACGUUUCCUACCAACCGAUGAAAACGAUUGUUUAUGCACAUCAAUCUAUAUGUGCAUUACAAGCUGCUAGUCACAUAUGUAUAAAUAUCUUCACAUCGCUUUUACUUUGGUUUACAUCGGCGAGAUUCGAAUUAUUAACCGAAAAUCUGCGUGCAAUUAGAAAUAUUUAUGAUUUGAUGAAAUGCAUUCAAGAACAUCAGAAAUUGUUAAAGUAUACGGAACAAGUUAUUCGCGUAAUACGUCCCUUUGCAUUCAUAGUUGUAUGUUGUAGUACUUCUGCAUUAAUAAUAUUGGGUCUUGUUUUUAUUACUGAGCAGCGACUAUCAAUAAAAAUUCAAUGUGUUGGUUUAAUUUGUAGCGGAUUAUCGGAAGUAUUUAUGCAUACCUGGCCAGCGGAACAUUUAAUUUAUAUUUGUAACAAAAUCGGAGAGGCCGUUUAUAGUGCGAAAUGGUACAAACAUUCAGUAGAACUGCAGAAAAGUGUACAGAUCAUGUUAAUGAGAGCUCAAAAACCAUUGACAAUUAUGAUACCCUGUGUUAUGCCUUCAUUAUCACUAAGUUAUUAUGCAUCGUAUUUGUCGACCAUAUUCUCCUAUUUCACGACGCUACGAAUAUUUAUGCAAUCUAACCAAAAUGUAGAUUAACGAGAAAUGAAAUAGAAAGCAUAUUCUCAAUAAUCUUCGAAAAUACGCAAAUAAUUAUAUUAAUGCAAAAAUAUAUAAUAAUAAACAGUACACA